CUCAAGGUAAAUGUCAAAGUGCCUCUGGCUUGCUCGGCAUUACUAAUAUAAAGUCAAAUAAAAUGAGCGGAAAGGAAACAGAAGGGCCAUCAGGUGGUCUCAUGGGAUGGAUUAGCUCAGCUUGCCAUUUCGCAGCGGACAGAAAUGACUUCAGAAGGAAUCUCCUUGUGAACCUGGGUUUAUUUGCAGCGGGUGUUUGGGUGGCAAGGAACCUUUCAGACUUUGACUUGAUGUCUCCUCAGCCAGUCACGUAAUGUUAUUUCCCAAGAAAUAUUUUAACAGGUGAAAAUGGAAGGCCAGAGACCUUUUCUCCGAUGGUCUUGAGGACCAUUUAAUUCUUGAAGGGAAUAAGUCCCAGCAAUUGGAUGGUUACAAAUGUAAAAACAAUGUACAUUAUGCGUUUUGUUGAAAUAAAGCUCAUGUUUAAACA